AUGCAGCUCUUUGUCCGAUCGGAUGCUGGACGUGUGUUGACCGUCGCUGUAGCAACUUCACAGACUAAAGUGCAGGAGCUGCUGUUGUCGCUAGUGGAGAUUAAGGACUUGAACUCGUGCUGUGGUGGAUACCUGAAUUACGGUGGAGUGCCGCUGCAGGCGUCCCGGUGUCUAGCGGAUUACGGUAUUCAGGAUCAUGCUACGCUGGACUUUGCUCGACGACUUCGCGGCGGCUGCUUUAGCGUUUCGAUCUUGUUGUGGACGUUGAUCUUCAUCUGCUGCUUGAUCAGCGUCUGCACGUGCGGCUUGUCGCUACCAGUGGCGCUGUUUCUAUUACCACCCGCUCUGCUCCUGCCUCUCUGCUGUCUCUAG